CCUCUACCUCAUCCCCUGAUACAUGAGGAAAUCAAUAGAGAGAAGAUCCUAGAACUCAUCAACAAGAUGAUUGAGCUGCUGACUGGAGAGGUUCCUAUAAGGUGUCAGGAUGUCACUGUCUAUUUCUCCAUGGAGGAGUGGGAGUAUUUAGAAGGACACAAAGAUCUGUACAAGGACGUCAUGACGGAGGAUCACCAGCCCCUUAAACCACAAGUUAAGGAAGAGAGAAGAACACCGGAGAGAUGUCCCAGUCCUCUUCUUUCACAGGAUGGUUCAGAAGAACAUCACAAUGUCCCACAGGAUGAUCAGGCAGGUGGAGAUAAGGGCAUCAAGAUGGAGGAUCGCUGGCUCCUCACAUCACCAGUUAAGGAAGAGAUAAGAACACCAGAGAGAUGUCCCAGUCCUCUUCUUCCACAGGAUGGUUCAGAAGAACAUAACAAUUUCCCACAUUAUGAUCAAGUAGAUGGAGAUAAGGGCAUCAAGAUGGAGGAUCACUGGUCAAUCUUAUCAACAGAUGACGGCACCAGAAGGUCAGAGGGAAACAUAAUAUCUUCACAUUUUAAAUCAAAUAAUCUUGGGAUAACAGAAGAUACCUAUAAAGAGCAUGCUGUUCUCUCAGAUAUACCUGCAGCCUUCUACAGCAAAGAUCCAUCAUCUGAUCUUUUUUACCAGGUCCAAUUUUCUGAUUUAUCACAGACUGUUAAACAGAACAAACAUCACAGAAGGGGUGUUGAACCUCAAAAGGCUCAAACAGGGGAGAAGCUAUUUUCAUGUUCAGAAUGUGGGAGAUGUUUCUCUCAUAAAUCGAAUCUUGUUAGGCAUCAGAGAAUUCACACAGGGGAGAAGCCAUUUUCAUGCUCAGAAUGUGAGAAAUGUUUUACGCACAGAGCAGAUCUUGUUAAUCACCAGAGAAUUCACACAGGGGAGAAGCCAUAUUCAUGUUCAGAAUGUGGCAAAGGGUUUUCUUUCAGAAAAAGUCUUGUUAUACAUAAGAGAACUCACACAGGGGAGAAGCCAUAUUUAUGUCCAGAAUGUGGGAAAGGUUUUUACGACAAAUCACAUCUUAUUAGACAUCAGAGAAUGCAUUCCGGGGUAAAGCCAUUUUCAUGUUCAGAAUGUGGAAAAUAUUUUGACUAUAGAGCAGAUCUUAUGAGACAUGAGAGAAUUCACACAGGGGAGAAACCAUUUUCAUGUUUAGAAUGUGGCAAGUGUUUUUCUUUAAAAAAAUAUCUCGUUAUACAUCAAAAUAGUCACACAGGGAGAAAACCAUUUUCAUGCUCUGGGUGUGACAAAUGUUUUAACUACAAAUAUGAUCUUGUUAAACACGAGAGAACUCACACAGGGGAGAAGCCAUAUUCAUGUUCAGAAUGUGGGAAAAGUUUUUAUGACAAAUCCUAUGUUAUUAGACAUCAAAAAAUUCACACAGUGGAGAAGCCAUUUUAAUGUUCAAAUUGUGGGAAAUGUUUUCACCAGAAACCAAUCUUGUUAUACAUAUGUAAGAGCAACGAUGCCCAACCACCAGGCUUUGGGUACCAGGCCGAAGGGGUGUUGGAGUUGAACGGCAGGAACUUCAUAAGCUGUAGGCCUCUAGGCCAUCAAGACCUCUUGCGCCAGGUCACAGGUGAUACGACAACAUCAUCAUGCCACCAGAGACUCGACGAAGGAGGUCGCAAUGACUUUCACGACUGCGUGUGCGGUGACGCAGGCAGUCAGUGGCCCACAUCGGAGACAGCGGUAGUCAGGUUAGUAUUUUGUUUCUUGUUCGUGGACACUACUGUGGGCACUGUGGGGGAGGUGUUGGGGCAUAAUAUAUACAAAGAGCAUUAAUUGUGAAGAGGCCACUACUGGGGGACACUAUAUGUAAAUACAACACUACUAAGGGGCAUUAUAUGUAAAGAGGCCACUACUGGGGAAUAUUAUAUGUAAAGAUGGCAGGACUGGGGGAGAUUUAUCAAGGCUGGCGUUUUCUGCGUACGCCUCUUCAAAAAUUAGGUGCAUCCUCCUGCAGUCCAUGCACCUAACCAGAAAUCUAUGACAGCUAUGACAAAUUUGUCGCUUUGUCUGGCCUCGCCCCCUUCAAUGCCCUUGCCACACCUCCUCGAUCUGCAUGGUGAAAAAGGGGAGAUGCAACAGUUUUUUUUAAAACUCGCACCUGCAACCUUUUAAUGCCACUUUUCAGGCAUAAAGGGAAUGAUAAAUCUCCCCCUAUAGGUCAUGAGGGCACCACUGGGGGGUAUUAUAUGUACAGAGGGUACAACUGGGGGUACAACCACCCCCCGAUUCAUGGAUAAAUUGUCUUGCAUGAAACUGGUCCGUGGUGCAAAAAAACUUGGGGACCACUGUAUCAGGGAUUUCACUCAGGGGCGAAAUAAUUUUUAUGUUCAGAAUGUGGCAAAAGUUCUAACAAGAAUCAAGGGGGGAUUUAUCAAACUUAUGGAAAAUGAAAGGUGGAAUCUGAUUGGUUGCUAUGGGCAACUAAGCCAGUGCUACUUUACACCAGUUUGAUAAAUCUCCCCUAAGUCUUUAGGAUAAUCAUAGACUUCACACAGGGGAGAAGCGGUUUUCAUGUUCAGAAUGCAAGAAAACUUAUUAUAGCGUUAAAUCCGCUUUUGUAAUUCAUUAGAGAAGUCACACGGGGAGAAGCUGUUUUC